UCUUACCGUAAUGUAUGUAACAGAACCCGUGCCAAUGUAAAUGACCCACUUACUUUGGCAAACGUCUUUACAACAGACAUAAAAAUAUUACCUGAUCUCUGAACACAGCAAAGAAUGUCUAAGAUGUCAAACAAAGUUCGAUUUAUCCCCUUGGAGACAGAAACUGCAGGGCCACAAGUCCAACAGCGCUCUGUGGUGUACAAAAUCACUGAAACAGGAGCUUUAGUUAUAUCGACAUUGGUUCUCCUGGCUACCUUUGCAAUUAAUGGACUAUCCUCUGUGCCGAACCAUCAGAAAUAUGGAUUUAAAUACACCAUUGCCAAUGUUUCAAGCAUGUUCUACACUCAGAUAACUCCUGCUGGCUACACAUUUGCCAUUUGGGGGGUCAUCUACCUUUGUCAAAUUGCUUGGAUUGUGUAUGGCUGGACCUUUAUGUGCCGUAAAUCUGCUGUGAAUACAAUUUCACCUUUCACAUACAUCGCCUACGCCGUGGCCAACCUCACAAAUAUCGCUUGGAUCUAUGUCUGGGACAACCUUUACAUCAAAGUCGCUGCUGGGGUGUUGUUCCUAUCCGCUAUUUCACUAUACAUCUCCCUCGGCAGUGCAGCCUACUACCUCUACACACAAACUUCUACUCUUAGCAAGAAUGAUCCAAAAGACCUCCACACCACACGAAUCCUCGUUCUCAACUCUCUUGCCAUCUACAUGACCUGGGUAACAAUUGCUUCUCUCAUCGGUCUCACAACUGUCCUCCAGUACUUCACAAGCAUUGGUGCUGUUGCUGCUGGGACCACAUCCCUCUCCAUACUUGCUGUGAUUGUUCUGGUCUAUUUCAUUCUCGAGAACACUAUUUUGGAUCGAUACCUUCGCUAUGUGGGUAUUGUGUACCCUGUUCUUAUCUGGGCCCUCACAGGGUCUGUAGUCGCUCAUUGGGGAAAGGAAACGGAUGGACAGAAUCCUGUCAUCACUGUCGUGCUGCUGGCUGUGUCUAUUUUACUGUUCUUGGUGAGGAUCGUCUUGUGGAUUGUCUUCUCAAAGAUUCGCCCACUGCAACAGACCGUGAAAUCGGUUGUUGUAUGAACUACACUAAUAGACAGUAUCUUAGCUGUGUUUGUUCAUUAGUAUACACAUGCAUGUGUUUUAAAUGUUAGAACACUCGAUCAAUAGCUAUAAUUAUAUGCAAAUUAAUUAAGGCGA